GAUAUAUACAGUCCAUGUUUGCUACUUAAAAGUUCAAAACCCGUGUGAUCAUUAAUCAACCAUCACUUCAAGCUCCCCUUUCCCACCAAUUUGAAAUCAAUAUACUAUCAUUCAUCAGUUUCCAGUUUCAGAAUCAUGCCCAUGAACCCCAUCUGGGUUGUAUCACGAGACUUACGGGUGUCAUUCCAUCGUGUCUUCACUGUUUGUUUUGACUGGAUAAUCAAAUGGAAGCUUUGGAUUGGAUUCAGAAAAUUGUGAUUGUUUUGGUUUGUUUGUAUCUGUCUUGGAGGAUCAUUAGAUACUUAUGGAGCUUUGUGGAUGUUGAAAAAGAUCCUCUUAUUGUGCUUGUUACUGGGGCUGCAGGUCAAAUAGGCUAUGCCCUACUUCCGAUGAUUGCGAGAGGGGCAAUGUUGGGUCGAGAUCAACCUGUAAUUAUACACAUGCUUGAUAUCGAGCCAAAUGCUGAAACGUUAAUAGGGGUAAAAAUGGAAUUGAUGGACGGAGCUUUCCCUCUUCUUAAAGGUGUUAUUGCGACAAGUGAUGUUAUUGAAGCUUGUAAAGGUGUUGAUGUUGCAAUAAUGCUCGGUGGAUUCCCUCAUAGAAAAGAUGAUAACAAAGAUUUAAUAUUUAGUAAUGUUGCUAUAUAUAAAGCUCAAGCUUCGGCUUUGGAACAGCAUGCUGAUCCAGAUUGCAAGGUGCUUGUGGUCGCUAAUCCUGCAAAUACAAAUGCACUAAUCUUGAAAGAAUAUGCACCUUCGAUCCCAGAAGAGAAUAUUACAUCCCUCACAAGAUUAGAUCAUAAUCGUGCGUUAAACCAGAUAGCAGAGAAAUUAAAUGUAAAUGUCGGUGAUGUAAAAAACGUUAUAAUUUGGGGAAAUCACUCUUCGAAUCUAUAUCCAGACGCCAAUCAUGCUACAGUCAAUACUGGUGUAGGACAUGAAUCUGUGAAAGAACUUAUUGAUGAUGAUCAUUGGUUGAACACAAAUUUCAUCACAAAUGUACAAACGAGAGGUCAAACUAUUGUCAAAGCUCGAAGGUUGUCUUGUGCAUCUUCUGCUGCAAUUUCCGUGUGUGAUCAUAUGCGGGAUUGGAUUCUCGGUACUCCAACGGGAACAUGGGUGUCGAUGGGAGUUUAUUCUGACGGGUCUUAUGGCAUCCAACCGGGUUUGAUUUAUUCUUUUCCGGUCACUUGUGAGAAAGGCGAAUGGUCGAUCGUUCAAGGACUAAAGAUUGAUGAGUUUGCUAGGGGGAAGAUGGAUGCUUUACAAAGAGAGCUCAUUGAAGAGAAAAGAGUGGCCUACUCUUACCUCCAUUGAAAAUCUUAUUUAUAUUAAAGCUUGUGGUUAUUAAUUAAUGUUAAUAUUAACCAUAAAUAAAUUAAUUUCUCUUUUGCACUUAUGAAUUUAAUAUUUUAUCCUUCA